CAGGCUGUGAUCUUCCCAAUGUUAGACAUCAAAGGAAAGUAUGAAGAAGUGGCUCGGGACAAAUCAAGAUUGGAUGACACUGUUGACAAUUAUCUGACCCAACUCUGGGGUGCUGAGCUGGAGGCUAAGGACGUGUCCGCCAUUAUCUCACGGAUGGCAAACGCUCCAUUGCUGAUCAAGCCAGAGCCUGAGGAAAGAAUCAAGAUGAUGUGUCCAAUAUGAGGAAGAAAAAGGUGCUCAAAGCUGAUAUGGUAACUUCGAUACUGAAAUGCUGAUGAGCUUGGAUGAAGCUAACAUGGAGACAGCUAAGGGUAUGCAAGUAUGCAGGAAACUGUUGCUGGAAGAAAGGAGAAAUACUGCAUGCUAGAUAGCUGUGUUUGGAUUAAACAUGCUAGUUUCUUCAAUUUUUGUUUUCUGUUUUCUCUUUACUUUACUUCUGUUUAUCCAGUGAGGAUUGUUUAAGUCAUGGAUUUUGAAUGCUGUGCAAUGUUGCUGUUUGAUUACCAGAUGUUGAUAGUAAGAGCAGCUAAUUAAAUAUCAUUACAAUUGUCUAUUUUAUUUAUUAGUUCAUAUUUAUUUAUUUAUUUUUAUUGUUAUUAUUAUUGUUUAUAAUUAUUACUAUUGAUAUUAUUGUUAUUAUUAUUAUUAUUUAUUAUUUUUAUUAUUAUUUAUUAUUUUUAUUAUUAUUGAUAUUAUUAUUAUUAUUAUUAUUAUUGUUUUUUAUUUUUAUAUCCUAAUAAGCACCAGUUAGUUCAGUCCCUCUCCUUGUCACCUAUUUGCUGCAUACCCUCGUGAUAAGUGCCUUCUAUGAUCGCUUUUGAUAUUGUUGAGAGCUAAGUGCAGACAUGAACUUUAUUUUAUGGCAUUUGAGAUAACUGUAUUACCUGAUUAUGGUACUGAAGAGUGACUGACAGAAGAAUUGAUAACUUUUGUUUUGUUUGAUUUUAAUCUCAUCCUUAACAAUUUUGUUAUUAUUAUGAUUAUACUUCGGAUUAUUAUUGUUAUUAUUUAAUUUUCAUCUUUUUUUCAUUGACAUACAGAGUUUUCUGGCAUGAGUAGCUAUCCUGUAUUCCUGUUUCAUUUCUUUAAAUCUCAUCUCAUCCAGAUGUAAAUGAAAUAUGAAUACAUUUUUAUUGUAUUAUUGAUUUAGCUGGUGAUGCUUGGAAUUUAUGUACAUAUGUAGUGCCCACUACAAUUUUGUUUUAUUAUAUUUCAUACAUAGUCUAGAUAGAUUGACAAAUAUUAAUAAGACUAGCUGACUUCACUUAUUUACCAAAUUACUUCAAUUUUCAGAAGAAAAAUAUUGCUCUUGUUAUUGUUAUUAAUGUUGAUAAGAUAACAAUGACAGUAAUGGCAAUGCUGAUUUGAAUAAUGAUGAUAUUAAUAGAAAUCAAAACUUUUUUUUUUUUUUUUAUCAAGGAAUGGGAUGAAAAAUUGAAGUCAGGUAGCCCUAGUAUUUCAUUCUUUGGUAACUAAAAGCUCGUGGAAAUAUCUGUGUGAAAAGAAAUAAUAAGACUACCAUAUUGGGCAGUACAUAUUCUUAGCAUCAGUGGGUUAAAGAUUCUUCACUUCACAUUGUUUUCACUUCCAGAAUACAGUUAUGUAUUGCAGUAUUCUAGUAAUUGUUUGUGCCAUGGCUGUAUACCACUACUAUGGGUGAAUUUUGAGCACAGGAAAGUCAAAGUCCAAUUAGAUGGUUUAGUGUGUAUAUGAAGAAAGAGUAUUUAUUUUGUGGGGAUAGUGGGAUUCUGUAAUUGUGUUUAUGGUGUCUAAUUGUUGGCUGUGGAUGAUGCGUACCUAAUCAAUUACAAUCCAUCAACAGAGGUUGUUGCACAGGGUGUCAGUCAUUGGAUACAUACAUAAUAAUUGAUAGAGGGUGCUUCAUGACUUAUAGAUAUUUGUAUUGACACAAAAAAUAAAGGAUGCAAGAGCUACUUUUAUCUAGUCGUAAGUGAAAUAAAGUAGUCAUCUGUAGUCAAAUCAUUCUUACUUGAAUGAAAAAGGGGAAAUAAUCUACAGAGUGAAAAAGAAAGCAGUUGUUAUUGUUCUACUUAAUUGACCCAAUAAAAUUGAAGUUUACUCUAUAUGUCUGUUUCUGGUGCUUCCUAAGUGUUAUUUAUGCAAUGAAUUUCCGUUAUACCUUGUGAUUUUGAAUUAUACAGUUGAAUUUAAGAAUAAAAAUAUGUUGCUGCUUCAUUUUGGUAUAUUGCUAAUAUUAUUUGUGAAUUACCAUUUGUUAGAGAACCUUUGUAUUUGCUAUAACUAUUUUUUAUAUCAACUCAUUUGAUGUUUAUUUCAUAUCUAUUUUUAUAUGUAUUAACACUUAUUAUUAAUAUGGUCAUUACUAUUGCUAUUAUUAUUAUCAUUGUUGUUUAGUAAGUUAUUUUCAUAACUGUAUUAUUAUCACUUCUUAGUUUUACCAUCACCAUCAUUAUUUUCAUUGAUUAUUUAUUAUUAAGUUACCCAUGGUUAGAGGAAUACAAAGAGCAGUUAACAUAUAAUCAUACAUGUUUAUUCAUGAAAACUGCCCUAUUUUUUAUUUUCAGAGGGCAUCCACCCUUCUCAUAUUAUAGAUUAUUUGUAAUAAAAAAAUAAAUGAACAAAAAAAAAUCUUAGAAGUACAUAUUUACAGGUUUCUGUUAGCAUAAAUAGCUUUAAAGAUUAAGUAUUGUUGUGUUCAUCUGAUUUCCCUACAUCCUUUGAUAAUAAAUAUUGUUAUAU